AUGGUCUCUAGAUUCACUUGGAAUUCUAGAUCCCAUCAGAGAAGAAAAAGUAAACUGGAACUUCAAGAAGAAGCAAGAGAUCAUUUCUUGUCUACUGUAAAGGUGAACGAAGAGGGGCGUUUUCAAGUCAGCUUGCCAUGGCUUGAUAACCAUCUACCGUUAAAAGAUAACUAUGACUUAGCUGUAAAGAGAUUAGCUUCUACAGUAAAACGACUAAAAGCUGAGAAACUUUAUGAUGCUUAUGGAGAAGUUUUUAGUGAAUGGGAACAAGAAGGCAUCAUAGAAGAAGUACCAAAAAGCGAAAUUGAUGUAACAUGCCAUUAUCUACCACAUCGACACGUAGUAAAAGAAAACAGUACUACACGAAUCAGGCCAGUGUUUGAUGCCUCGGCCAAACAAAAAGGAUCCCCUAGUCUCAAUGAUUGUCUAGAAAAAGGUCAGAACCUUAUCGAACUGAUUCCUUCAAUUCUUCAUAGAUUCCGAAUGAACAGAAUAGGAGUUUCUGCAGAUAUACGAAAAGCAUUCUUACAAAUAAGUCUCAAGUCAACCCUAAGGAUAAAGACUAUCUAA